AUGCGUCUCAUUGAGCAACUAGGCCAAGAGACGGAAGACGGCGUUAUUUCCCUGAACGAAAUGCAACCGUUUCGCAACGCACACCAUAUGAUUAGCCGUCUCGCAGCCCACGUGCGUGUCAUUUCUCAGUUGUUCAACGAUGCUAGCCGCCUUCAGUCUCUUCUCAAAUCGUACCGUGUUGACAAGGUCCCCAAGCCGCCAGCCGCGACGGUCCCAGACGUUGACGACCACAUGACCCUCAAAGGUAUUCUCAAACGCCUGCUUCAAGCAGGAGACGAGCGCUACGAGACAUACCUGAGCUACCUAUCUCACAUGGAGCCCCAAGUAAACAUCGAGAGGCGUCUUCGUGAUAUAUUUGACCUGGAAGAGCCCGGAACCCUCCGACCAUGCGUCCACGCGGAAAUCCAAAUGCUCCACCACUUCCACGACGACCAGCGCAAUUUCAUUGCGGACGAUCGUUACGUCUCUUGUAGCAAGUUCGCAUGCAUUUGCUGCAAUUCCUACUUCCGGAGUCACUCUGCCAACAUCACUCUCCUCGACUGCCAUCAGAAAACGUACCCGAAUUGGGGAAUAUUGCAGCUUCCUGCCGGCGUCAAAGACAAGCGAUGGCUCGAUCAGCGCAGGAUAAUUAACGCAGUUAUCCAGGACCUCAAACGAAUGGUCGUGGAUCAAGUUUCCCAGCGCCACAUAUCAAGUCUCAAUCACCCCGAUUCGGUUUCUCAGUUUUCGACCAUAAUGGGAGACGAACAAGAUGACACAGACUCCGGCACAGACGUGUUUGAAGAUGGGAGUAGUGGAACAGAUACCGGUACGAGACAGCCUUGGAAACAAGAUUGA